UGCGCAACAGGUCCAAGGGCGCACGAAGUGUGUGAUGACAGUGACUGACAGUACGACGUGCAGUAGCUCGGACAGGAGAGGAUGAUUUUUAAUACCUCACGAAGACAUUUGAAAUAGUUUGAUUCAUGAUGAGCUCUGUUAAAACUUUCUCGGGACUCUGAGAGCGCAGCGCUGGAAGUUUUCCCUCCGCAUGCCGCAGUUCAGAGGACACUUCGGAGGACUCGUUUUAGGAGAAAAUGGCACCGAUUCAGCAUUUCUUAUCAGUGGUAAAUAACUUUAUUCGUGGUUUUAAAGGCAGAGCUGAAGAUUUUCCGCCCAGCAGGUGAGUAACGGGACAUGAGAUUUGGACUCGAUCACAGGCUGUUCUGUAUCGGAGUCAACGUGAGAUGGUCCCGACUGUUCACAGGAGCUGGGAAGGAGUUUUUACAACAAUCUCAGUCCACGAUGAGAGCGCUGGGUUUGCUUUGCGUAACGGCCCUGCUGUGGGAUUCGAUCCAGAGCAACAGAAACUGUCCGGACCUGAUCGUUGACAGCUGCCACUGCUCAGCCGAGAGGUCCAAGGAACUGAGCAGGCUGCACGUCCGAGUCAAAGUGGUGUGUGACGAUGCGGACCUGAUGGACACCCUGCAGCCCAGCUUCCUCCCCAACAGAACAGUGUCCUUAAACUUGAGCAACAACAAGAUCUCGCUGCUGAGGAACAGCUCCUUCUAUGGCUUGGCUGCCCUGGAAAAGCUGGACCUGAAGAAUAAUUUGAUAAGUACAGUGGAGCCUGGGGCGUUCCGUGGUCUGCUGGCUCUGAGGAGACUUGACCUGUCCAACAACAGGAUUGGCUGCCUCUCCCCUGAAAUGUUUCUUGAUCUUGGCAAUGUCUCAAAAUUAAAUUUAUCUGGGAACAUUUUUUCCACUCUGACCAUGGGGCUCUUCACACACCUAGUGGCUCUCAGAGUGCUGCACUUCAGCACUGAGACCUUGUUCUGUGACUGCCAGCUCAAGUGGCUGCUCAUUUGGGCUCGAAGGAACUCGGUGAGGAUUGGCAACGAUACGGUGUGUGUUUAUCCCACCCACCUCCAUGGCCUGGAGUUUCGCAACCUACGUGAACAGCAGCUCAAAUGUGAUGGACCUCUGGAGAUGCCCCUCUUCCAGCUCAUCCCCUCCCAGAGGCAGCUUGUUUUUCGUGGAGACCGACUCCCCCUGCAGUGCACCGCCUCUUACCUCGACCCGUCGGUGGAGCUGCGGUGGCGACACAACGGCCACAUUGUGACCACGCAGGAGGACCGAGGCAUCUACGUGGAGGAAACCCUUCUUCAUGACUGCUGCAUGCUCACCAGCGAGGUCAUCCUCUCCAACAUCGACGUGGGCAUUGCUGGCAUCUGGGAGUGUCUGGUGACCAGUUCCCGUGGCAACACUUCUAAGCAAAUGGAAAUAGUUGUUCUGGAGACGUCAGCGCCGUACUGCCCUGCUGAUAGAGUCACCAACAACAAGGGGGACUUCAGGUGGCCAAAGACUCUGGCUAGCAUUCUGGCCUUCCUGCCCUGUGCUCCCGCCACCUUUGGCUCUGCCCCUCACCCCUCCGGCAGCUCUUCUCACCCCUCCAGUCAAAGGGAGAAGAAGGCGUGGCGGCGUUGCGACCGGGCUGGACGCUGGGCUGAAGAGGACUACACUCAGUGCCCGUACGCCAGCGAACUAACCCGUGUGCUGCAUGAGCUCACCCAGAUCCCUAUAAAUGCCACCAACGCUCAGCCUUUAGGCCAGCAGUUAGUGGCCUUCACCAGCAGAGCAGCACACUUCACUGAUGUCAUGGAUGUCAUCUUUGUGACUCACCUGGUGGAGAGACUGACCAGGCUGGUGGAGAAACAUAAAGAUCUGGGGGACUAUAUAUCAGACAUAGCCAGUAACAUGAUGCUGGUUGAAGAGCAUAUCUUGUGGAUGGCGCAGAAUGAGGCCAGGGCAUGCACUCGGAUCGUCCAGUGCGUGGAGCGUAUUGCCGACCUGGCGUUGACCGGAGACAAUCAGGUCAUUUCUAAGGUAUCUGCUAACAUAGCUCUGGAGGCCUUUGUCAUCCGUCCGUCGAACUUCCUUGGUUUGUCCUGCACAGCGCUCCAGCGGCCGCCCUCAUCUGCCACCUCGCCCCUCCUGUACAGCCAUUCCUACGCUGACAAGGACACGAGCAGAGAUCACGAUGGCUUGGGGGAAACGCUGCUCAACUUCAAAUGCCACACGAUCAACAGCAGCGGCUCACCGGCCAGUCAGCUCAGCAAGAACUCAGUGGCAGUCGCCUCAAUCCAUUUACCGCUGGCUGGUACGCCUAUCUCCUCCUCUGCGCUGCAAUCUGUUGAUAACUCCACUUGCAAGCUGCAGUUUAUUGUGUUUCGCAAUGGGAAACUCUUUCCAUGCACGGGGAAUUCGUCAAAUCUCGCAGAUGAUGGCAAGCGUAGGAGCGUUUCAACACCAGUUGCUUUCACCAAAUUAGAUGGGUGCAGCCUCGGGAGCGCCGUGCACUCCGUUACUAUUGCUCUCAGGCACUUCGCACUGGGUGUAGACCCCACCGCAGCCUAUUGGGAUUUUGACCUGCUGGAUGGACACGGUGGCUGGAGGGCAGAGGGCUGCCACAUAACAGGCUCCGGGGGCAACACGACCACCAUUCAUUGCACCCAUCAUAAUAACUUUGCUGUGCUAAUGGAUCUGAAGAAGGUGCUGUCUUUCCCCCCAUACCCUGUGGAGUUCUUGCACCCGGUCGUGUAUGCCUGCACAGCGGUCAUGUUGCUUUGCCUCUUCGCCUCCAUCAUCACGUACAUAGUGCACCACAGCGCAAUCCGCAUCAGUCGGAAGGGAUGGCAUAUGCUUCUCAACUUCUGUUUCCACACAGCGCUGACCUUCGCUGUGUUUGCUGGCGGCAUCAAUCGAAUCAAAUACCCCAUCAUCUGUCAAGCAGUUGGGGUUGUGCUCCACUACUCGUCUUUGUCGACCAUGCUGUGGCUCGGGGUGACGGCGAGGAACAUUUAUAAGCAGGUGACCAAGAAGCCUCCCCAGAGUCAAGACGGUGACCCACCUCCGCCCCCUAAACAGCCCCUGUUGAGAUUUUAUUUAGUCAGUGGAGGAGUGCCCCUCAUCAUCUGCGGGGUCACGGCAGCCGUCAAUAUAGACAACUACGGCAGCGGGGAGCAAGCACCAUACUGCUGGAUGGCAUGGGAGCCCAGCCUGGGAGCCUUCUUCGGCCCCGUGGCCUUCAUCGUCCUGGUGACCUGCAUCUACUUCCUCUGCACCUUCAUCCAGCUGCGGCGACACCCCGAAAAGAAGUAUGAGCUCAAGCAGCUGACAGAGGAGCAGCAGAGGCUUGCCGCCGUCGAUGUGCCGACACACUGCCACCAGGGGGCCGAGCCUGGAGCCUUGGCAGCCUCCGCCAGCGGGAGCCACUGCCCUGCCGGCUGCCCGGGGGUUCCCAUCAACCCUGCACUGCUGGCCAAUGAGCACUCCUUCAAGGCUCAGCUACGAACGGCGGCCUUCACACUUUUCCUGUUCCUGGCCACCUGGACUUUCGGAGCGCUGGCGGUGUCACAGGGCCACUUCCUGGACAUGAUCUUCAGCUGCCUGUACGGUGCCUUCUCCGUCACCCUCGGUCUCUUCAUCCUCAUUCAUCAUUGUGCCAAGCGGGAUGAUGUCUGGCAUUGCUGGUGUUCCUGUUGUCCCGGACGACACGCCAACGCCUGCUCCGGUGCCCAUGGGCCUGCUCAGGCAAGGCCCAAGGUCAACGUGAAUGGAGAUACCCCAGGACAUGGCCACGGUCACAGCCACUGCCACCAUGACUCACCAUGUCAGGGUAAAGCACUGAUCAGCUGCAGUCAUGGCAGCUUAGGUCACUGUAAACACGCCGCCCUUCCGUCUUCACAAAAUCACGUGACGUGUCUGGCACCGGUGACCCCAUGCUGCGCCGCACUGCACAGCCAGCAGCUGAUGGAGGAGGAGCCUGCAGCCACACAUGUGCUGCUACAUGCUGACCCAGAGGGUUACCGGCCAGGAAUCCAGCUGCAUCCCUGCCUAAAGAGCAGCAGGACUAAAGGCCGUCACUUCAGCCGCAGAGCUGGAGCUGCCUCUUGUGGAGCAGGGGGCGAGAGGGAGUACGCCUAUCAUCCCUCGAGCGGGGACGGAGGCAGCGUGCACAGCUCACACACUGACAGCCCACACAGCACACACGAGCGUCACGCCCACAUCUGCCCACAUCUGGCCCACGAGGGCCAUCACGAUGGGCACCACACAUGCCACGCUGCUGCAGCCACGCACGAGUCCCUGGCAUGCCAUAAUCCCUGCCACAGGCAUAUCUGCUGUGCCAAGGCAGACCUUUUCCCCUCUCUGUGCCCGGGAGAGGCAGGAGAAACAGGCGUCUUCUUGUGUGGCUGUGGCAAGGUGGGUGAGGAGGACCCGCUAGCAGCACAUCACCAUCUGGAGAUGCACGCCCCGCGCAGACAAUCCUACCCCCAGAACCCCCAUCAGAAUGGGAUUCUAAAAGGGGGGCUGCAUGAAGGACUCCUGUACACCUCGGACAGCACAGGAAAUAUACGCACUGGACCCUGGAAGAAUGAAACUACUGUGUAGUGUGAGAAGGAAAAACAGGGGAUGAAGGCAGCUCUCCUGCCUCGUCCUGCCAAAAAUAAACACUCGCCUCCCUUUCUAGAAUUUAAAAAAAAAAAAGAAUUGAAUAACAUUUUAAACAUCACAAUCAGCGUGGGAUAUUUUUAUUUUAAUGUCCUCAUGUUUUUAUGUGUAUUGUUUUACUGUACAGAAAUCUGAUAUCAUGCAAAUGCUUCCUGAAGAGCAUCCAUAGACAGAACAGUCUCUUCCAUCACAAAGAAUUUGUGAAAUGUGUGUCACAUCAUGCCAUCAGAUGUAAUUGAAGGUAUUUCCACUGUUCCAUAUUACUACAGAUCUAUUUCUCUCUCUAUAUAUAUAUAUAUAUAUAAAUACAAGAAAAUGAAUGGUUGUGCGUAUGAAUAUGUGUGUUAGUGCUCAAAGGCAACACGCUGCAAGAUUUUUUUACACCUUGAACCUGAAUCCAUCGAUAGUCUACUAUGACAGUGAACCUCCAGUACUUAAAAGAACUCUUGGCAUCCAUGUUUUAGAUGACUAAACCAGCAAUUUUAGACUUCAUGGGUACUUUUGCCAUUCAGUCAAGCAACUGUGAAUAUCUACUAGAGAUUUUCUAAAUAAUAUACAAAGAUACUGUCGCUUGCCAGAGGUGUGUGGGUGCCAGUUCAGUUGUGAAAACUCAAAGCAACAGUAAAAGAGAAGUGAAAUUAAGCCUCCUCUUACCAAGGUUGGUAUUGAUUGUGCUGUCUAUAUGAUGUCUUCACUAUUGUGUUACCUUUUUUUUUUUUUUUUUUGUCUGGAGAGAAGUAAAUAACAGCACAUCAACAACCAGGCCAUUGUGAAUAGAGAGUUGGUGUCAAUGAGUCGCUGGAUCCCGUGCAGUUUUUCUAUUAGUGUUGUGCCACAUAGAGCCAGCUACCCGCAGCGAGUUCAUUGCCAAACAAGUGUUUUUAUUCUCUUCAGCUUAGCUUGGACAUGCUUCAUGUGACAAUAGAAAUCUGCAUAUGACUCUCUGUAAAAUGAAUCAACUUUUUUGUGUGGUCAUAGAAAAAAAAACAACAAGCUGCUUAAACACCAAUGAUGUCCGACUAUUUUCCCUUUUAGUAGAAACUAUUAACAUGUCAACCUCACUAAGUAUUGGCUAAAGCUGAAAAAAAAAUGACAUGGAAUCGAGAGAACAUCCCUUUAUACUUUAUUUAUUUUUAACUUGUCUUAUGAAAGCCCCAAAGCAUGCAUGCCUGUAUCUAGCUAUAUUUUAAUAGUGUAAAUGAAUGCCUGUCCAUGAGCAUUUUAUUUGCCUUGAUCCGAUACAACUGUUGCAGCUUGUCGUGUUUUAUUUUAUUCACACUCUUGGGUUACUCCUUUUUUCCAGUGAAUACUGUGCUAUUCUCUCCCAGGUAACUUCCAUUCAGCAAGACUUUAAGCUGAGAUUUAUCCUGGAAUCCAGUCCAGAAAAAUGUAUUGUUCUGCUUUGGUAGAUAACUUGUGUCAAGAGAGACAAGGCUGAAGUAUGGAUCAUUCUUUUGUUACCGUGAAGGUCACAUUCUCUUUGAAGAAUUGCCAUUCAGAAGAGAAAGCAGAGGGGUCUCUGUAUUGAUUUAGAAGCACUUGUUUGUUUUAUGAAUGAUGGUAUUGAAUAUGAUGCUCCAGACAAAACCAGUCAUACAUUUCGUCAGAAAAGGCAACUCAACGCAGCGCAUUUAAUCUCACCGCUAACCCUAGCGAAAACCACCUCAGCAUGCACACCAUCUCUUUAUCCAUCUUGUGCACUCUUGUCUGUAUAUAUAGAAUUGGUUUCUGAUGAAAUAUUUUAUAUGAGAUUUAAAAUAUUUAAGAAUAAAAUAAGUCUAUAUGUAAAGAAAGUUGUAUGGGGAAAAAAACUGACCUCUCAAUGUUUAUACUCAGUAUCUGAGUUUAGAAAUGUCCUUCUUGUUUUCAAAUGCCUUUUUUCUGUUGACUUCAUAAAGUAUGCAGACUCGCUAUGUGUUGUGAGACUUAUCCUGUCCUAUCAGAAAUAGAAAUGCACUACCCACGAUAACGUUUGGCCUGCCAGAAAACAGUAUGUUUAUAACAGAUAUACUAGUUCAGACAGAAAUACCUGCAUUAAAAAAGUGACUUCUGCAGAGAAGAAAAGUGAAACACUAAUGUGAUACUCCCUUUAUUUGAAUGGCAGGCUGUGAAUAGUGAAAGGAGGCCCGAGCAGACAUCAGCGAUGAUGCAUGAUCGUCAUAGCUUUGCACAGGGCCACUGGAGUUAUUUCCAGGGUCUUGGACAAAAUGGGAUAUUACAGACCCAACUUAUGAGUUAUAAAAUAUAGGCCCACAAUUGAUCAUACAAUACAAGCUCCUUUGAGCCACCUUGGAUGCUGGCAGUCAGCGGCCCUGGCUUUAUAGUUAUUGGAAAGGGAUUUGUAACAGUAUCACAACAAAAUCAGACCUGUCCCACAAAACCCAUAUUAAACUGAGAGAACACUGGUGUAGGUUAAUUGCUGUACAACAUGUGUAUUUGCUGGUGGUGUGUCUUUGGAGCAGCCUGAGCUUCUCAGUGUCUGUGAGGCGAUGUGUUUGGUAUCGCAGGCCGCCUUCACUGUUGUCAUCAGUCGCAGAUGUACUGCCCUAAACGAGCUUGCUGGCUUAGUUUCGGCUCACCAGACGGCUGCUGGAAUAUUCACCUGUGGUACUGUGACAAAACCUAAAGCCAGUUUUCACUUUUUUCUACAUUGACACAGAUUCCAAUAAAUGUAUUUUUUCACCAUGCAACGGA